UCCCCAACCUUUCUUCCUCCCCCCUCUUCUCAGUGCCGACCUACUGACCCGACCCAAGUACCCAACGCGUCUCGAAAUCUCUCCUGUAGUCUACCGCCCCCGUCCCCUACAGGCUACAGCUGCCGCUGUGCCCGUGCCGUAGCUUAGCCUCACCGCCGACGCCUCAAUCCAGCCCUCCGCCUCGCAACCCCUUCGCCUCCCAGGCGCGUCGCCGUUCCUCUUCUUCCCGGCGGCGGCAUCGCGUCCCUGCCGUCUCCAACCCGGCCGGCCGCAAUCUUGGCCAUUUGGGUUUUGAGAUCCGCCCCUGAUAGGUUUCGUCGUGGUAAAAAUUGAGCACAGAUAGGAUUUCAUGGGGAGUCGGAAAAUGGCGUCACAACCCGGGCGCGGCGGUGGCGAUGCCGGCACAUCACAGCGCGGGCAGAUGCAGAACCUGGCGAGACAAGGAUCUCUGUAUAGCCUCACCCUCGACGAGGUGCAGAACCAUUUGGGAGAACCCUUGCAGAGUAUGAACCUCGAUGAGCUUCUUAGGACCGUCUUUCCUGAUGAAGCGGACCCUGAUGGUGCAACGACUAGCAAGUAUGAGCCGAGUGCAGGCCUCUUGCGCCAAGGGAGCAUCACAAUGCCAUCUGAGCUCAGCAAGAAGACGGUGGAUGAGGUGUGGAAGGGCAUCCAGGAUGCACCGAAAAAGAAUGUCCAGGAAGGAGGUCGGCGGCGGCGGGAGAGGCAGACGACACUCGGGGAGAUGACACUCGAGGAUUUUUUGGUCAAAGCAGGGGUCGUCGCUGAAGGAUAUCUCAAGGACUUGAACGAUGCAGGUAAUGGGGGUUUUGUUGGGAGAGGUGCUACAGCAGCUGGAGCCACCGAAUUGACAUCUGGGGCACAGUGGUUAGAUCCGUAUCAGCAGCAGAUUGCAGUUUCAGCUAUCGAGUCUCAUCAGCAUAUGCAGCAAAUUAUGCCAGGUGCUUAUAUGCACAGUCCGUUACAGUUAGUCCCUCAGCCACUGAAUGUUGUGACUGCUGCUCCUGCUAUUCUGGACUCUGCCUACUCUGAUGGCCACAAUACUUCACCAAUGGUCAGCCCAACUUCUGAUUCUCAGACACCUGGGAGGAAGCGUGGUAUACCAGGAGAUGUCCCAAACAAAUUCGUGGAGAGAAGGCAGAAGAGGAUGAUCAAGAAUAGGGAGUCGGCUGCCCGUUCAAGGGCUAGGAAGCAGGCAUACACUAAUGAACUUGAAAACAAGGUAUCUCGUUUAGAAGAGGAGAAUGAGAGGUUAAAGAAGCAAAAGGAGUUGGACAUGUUACUUUGCUCUGUGGCUCUACCGGAACCCAAGUAUCAACUGAGGAGAACAUGCUCAGCGGCUUUCUGACUGCAUCCAGAAUAGUUUGUUUUGUAGAUUUUAAUGUGCUGCCGCUUGUAAGUUUUGCCUCUUCGGUUUAGAAUCAUUUGCUAGCUUGGGAGUUUUUUUUGCUUAUCCUUGCCCAGUGAUUCGCUCUAUGUAGAUUAGCAGGAGCCUAGUAUGUGUUAUGUCGGCACUUCUAUCUAUCUUCUGAGGCCCUGCCACUAGCCUAUAGUAUGUAAAUCUGGCGGACGCAUUUAAAAGUUCUCAGAGCUUCCUAUACAUGGUGACUUGACUUGGACUGCUCUUCCAUGUAAAAGUGUGCGGUGUGCACCUUACAAGCAAACAUACUUUUGACUCAGGUGAACGGUUGAUACUGAGCGUUUGGAACUUGGUAGAUUUCAAAUGAAACAAUUCAAUUCUUGCAA